AUGUCGUGCUCACAUAUCGACACGAUCUCGACGUUACCGCCACCCAGACUGUCUCAGGCAGUGCACAGGGAAGAAUGCACACAAUGCUUUGACAAUCAGGAUUUACCAGCCGGCAUCGACGUCUGCCUCGUCUGCUUCAAUGGCGGGUGCCUCGAUAACGAGCGCAGACACGCCCAGAACCAUGUCCAGAAGAGCGGGCACAAGUUUACCUUGAACAUCAAGCGAAAGGUGAAGCCAUCGGCGCAGCGCGCUGAAAGCGAAGAACCACCCGCAAAGAUGACCAAACUGGCGAUCGUUGAAGAGCGGGAAGAAGACAAGUAUGAUCAGUUUACCGUCGUGAAGUGCUGGCUUUGCGAUCGUGAAAAAGGUCUCGAAGUUCCAGAGGCGUCGAGCAAUCCAGGAGUUAAAUCACUAGUCGACGGCGUUCUGCAAUCGCUAUCGUCGGCGCGGCAGUCAGAAGUCAAGGCCUGGGAAGAAGAAAUAGUUCCUUGCGAGCACACCUUGACGUUGGAACAGCUCCAGACAGGACCAAUUCCACAGUCGGGCCUAGCUCACUGUAACGCGUGCGACUUGAAGGAGAAUCUUUGGCUUUGUUUGACCUGCGGCUCGCUCGGUUGUGGGCGACAACAGUAUGGAGGGCUGGGAGGAAACGGACAUGGUCUCGCUCAUUUCGAAUCGACUGGACAUGCUGUCAGCGUCAAGCUUGGAACGAUCACGGCUGAAGGCGAGGCAGACAUCUACUGCUACGUUUGUAACGACGCUAAACAGGACCCUGAACUCGCUCGCCAUUUGUCGACUUUCGGAAUUAACGUACAAACCCUCACCAAGACCGAGAAGAGCAUGACAGAGCUACAGAUCGAACACAAUCUCAAGUACGAUUUCUCUCUCGUUGGCGAAGAUGGGCAAGCCUUGGAGCCGGUAUUUGGUCCUGGCCUCACAGGUCUGGCAAACCUGGGCAACAGCUGCUACAUGGCGUCGGUCCUUCAAACCAUCUUCUCGCUACCGGCCUUCCAGAAACGGUACAACGACCUUGCUGUGAACCACGCCAGAGCCUGCACUGUGUCCCUGCCUGCCGACUGCGUCGAGUGUCAGAUGCACAAGGUUGCCGACGGCUUGCUCAGCGGACGCUACUCUCAUCCCGCCAACUAUGCUGCUUCACCACAUCAAACUCCGACCGUGUCUUCAUCUGAUCCACUCCAACACGCUUCCCCUACACCCGUCUUCCAGACUGGCAUCAGGCCAGCAGGCUUCAAAACUCUGAUUGGCAAGGGUCACGAAGAGUUCUCAACGAUGAAGCAGCAGGACUCGGAAGAGUUCUUCACUCAUUUGCUGACGGUCUUGAGAAGAGACAUGCAUAAAUUCAAGGAUCGUUCAGAGCAAGACGCCACUACCAUCUUCUCCUACGCUUUGGAACAACGCCUGCAAUGCAACGACUGCAAGAAGGUCCGAUACCGCAACGAUACCAUGGACUCUGUCAGCGUCGCUGUACCGGCCAAAGAGAAGAGCAAAGACGCGGAGGGCAAGAUUGAGUACGAAGAUGUGCUCCUCACCUCCUGCCUGGAUGCCCUAUUGAGCCCCGAAGCACUUGAAUAUUCUUGCCCCUCAUGUCAGAAGAACGUUCACGCUCUCAAGCAGACCAAGUUUGCCUCGUUCCCCGAAACACUCGUCGUGCAUGCCAAGAAGUUCCAACUCGUGAACUGGGUACCAACCAAGCUCGGAGAAGAGGAGUUCCCGGCCGAAGCAGCGGAAGCCGCGCCAGGACUACCCGAAUUUAACGCUGCAGCGAUGGCUCAGCUCGAAGGCAUGGGCUUCCCCACUGUUCGGUGCCAGAAGGCGCUACUUGCGACAGGAAACAGCGAUCCUGAAGCUGCGAUGGAAUGGUUGUUCGCCCACAUGGAGGAUCCUGACAUCGAUGACCCUAUUCCAAUCCCGGGACCUGGAGGAUCGAGUGCAGGGCCUGAACCCUCGCCUGAACAGGUAGCGAUGCUGGCGGAUAUGGGUUUCACCCCUGCCCAGGCGAAGAAGGCCUUACGAGAGACGUCUGGUAAUGCUGAACGGGCGGUUGAAUGGUUGUUCAAUCAUCCUGAUGACACCGGCGAGGAAGCUGCUCCUGCUCCUUCGACGUCGUCUGCACCUCCUACUCUUCCAGGAUCGACCGCUGUUCCCGCACGUUACAAACUCAAGGCUUUCAUCUCGCAUAAAGGUCCUUCAGUCCAUUCGGGACACUAUGUCGCACAUAUUAGGGUGUCGGAUGAUCAAUGGGUGCUUUUCAAUGACGAAAAGGUUGUGAAGGCGGAUGCGGAGAGUGUGAGGGAUUUGAAGCGGCUGGCGUAUUUGUAUGUCUUUGAGAAGAUUUGA